CCCCUCCCCUCCCCUCCUUCUCUGCCAGCACUCGGCUAAACGCUCCAGUCUCUCACAUCUCACUAACACACACACACAAACACACACGCACACUGUCUGUCACACACGGUCUACAUGCUGAAGCUCACAUGUUGUUCCGCAUGUUGAGGAAGGUGCAUCGCGUAACCUCCAGCCGGAGCUCCUAUCCUCCUCAGCGGGUGUAGGACGACUGUCGACGCGGCUUCAGGAGCAUCAGACGCAGGGUAACUGUCCAGGAAACCCCCGCCACCAUGGAUCUCUCUUUCAUGGCAGCGCAGAUUCCGAUGAUGACUGGUGCCUUCAUGGACUCAUCUCACCACGAUGACUACAGCACCGACCACUCUUUGUUCAACUCGUCUGCCAGCGUCCACGCCGCCUCCAUGGCCGCUCACAGCCAGCCAGAAGAGCCCCAGCCCAUGUCCAGGGAUGCCAUCUGGCUCUGGAUCGCCAUCACUGCCACCAUCGGGAACAUUGUAGUUGUGGGCGUCGUGUACGCCUUCACUUUCUGAAUGGAACCGCUCUGAGCUGAGUGUUGGGAGGAACGUGGGAUGUAAUUCUGAACAGCGACGGGCUGUUAAAGUGCCGAGAUGACUCAUCAAAUGGAGUUUCCUCACAUCAGUGAAAUUACCCUGCAGUCAUCAAAGCACUUGAGUGUUAAUGAACCUCUGCUGGAGAAGUGUGGGGAGUGGAAAACUUUACACUGCAUCUAUCUCAGAGGAAAGAGAGGCGCUAACUGCAGACUUCAUGUACAAAUCUCUGUUUUUCUUCUGUUUGUGUUUCAAAGUUCUGUUUUUCUCUAUAACGGCUUUCAUGUACUUUGUUAUAAUGUUAGAGAAUCUUGCUUCUUGUAGAUACAGGGUUGUGUGUGAAUGCUCUUAACUACCUAUCCCACAGUGGACCUCGGUGUUGUUAAACCUCACCAGCAGAGGAGGUCCUCUGUGUGCCGUGCUUUAAAUCAUGCUUCAUUGUUGUAAUUAAACCUCUGAAGCAGAUAGGGACCAGUCCUGCUUUGUCAGUGUGCAAUGAAGGUCCACUUUUGGUACUAUAGGAAUGUGUGUGUGUGUGUGUGUGUGUGUGUCUGUGUGUGUGUGUGUGUGUGUGUGUGUGUGUGUGUGUGUGUGUGUGUGUGUGUGUGUGUGUGUGUGUUUGUGUGUGUGUGUGUGCGUGUGUGUGUGUGUGUGUGUGUGUUCUGCUGGCUGUUUAACGGUUUGGCACAGUACACAUCCCAGGACUUUAGUAGAGAUGCUGUUUUUAUUAUUCCAUUUAGAAAAAUCUGUCUAUUUCAGCAAAUUCAAAGAUCAUUUAAACUCUAUUAAACCUUCUUCAGAGUCUGCAGAUGUUGUUUUGAGUUUUAAUUGUUGGUCAAGAUACUAAAGGAAGAGGGAGUCAUUAAGCUCUUCCAGUCUGUGCUUCUGUCUUUCUCUUUCACAACCUAUGUUAAAUGUAAAUAAAACUGACUUUGAUGGUUUGCAAAUCACUAAGUCUAGAUUUAGUUAAGAAGAGUGCAAAGCAUCAAAUGUUGAUACUGAAAACUUGAUUGUUUUAUGAGAAAUACAUGCUCAUAUUAAAUUUGAAUCCAG